CCCGAAUCCGUAUUCUUAACCCAACCGAACCAUUUAGCAGCUUCUGUUUUCUCCGUUCAAAAAUCUCUAUGGAAAAACCACAAAUUUGAUACAGCAAUCAACAUAUCGAAGACGACGCCUAAUCCUAUAAUUCACCAAAUUUUGAUUCUGGGCCCUUGAAAUCGGAAACCCUAGCCCUAAAUUUCCAAUUUCAUGGCGUCGAGGAAGAAACAGUCAGAAGGAAUCGCUUUACUCUCAAUGUACAACGAUGAAGACGAUGAAGAUAUGGAAGAUCUUGAUGAACAGCAACACGAAGAACAUCAGCAAAAACAAGAAGACGAGCUGCUGGAAGAUCAGAACGACUAUAGAGAAUCAAACGAGGCGGGACCUGAUUCACUGAAUAAUGCAAUGGUUACUGAUGAAUUGCUUAAUGAUGCUUCACCGCCUCCUCUCAAUCAGAAUUCGACACCUAAGGACGGUUUGUUGCGGCCUUUGACGCCGCAGCAGCCUCAGGUUUCGUUCUUAUCGUCGCUGCAGCAGCAGCAGCAACGGGUGGUUAAUUUGGAGGUGAAGAGAAGCGGAAGAGGGAGGCUUACCAUUGUGGACUAUGCUCACGAUGAAGUUGCUAUGUCUCCUGAACCCGAUGAAGAGGAAUUUGGUGAUGAGCUUCAAAUAGCUACUGGUACAUGUCAUUGGACCUAUUCAGUGGCAUUUUCCUACUGUGCUAGCCAAGAAAUAACGCCUGCAGGAACUGUUCAGGUUUUAACCCCUAGUGCUCAAGCAACUCCUCAAUCAUCAGAACUUUUAGAAACAUCACAACCUGAUGAAAUGAAUAAUGUUGUUAUUCAAUCAGAAGCUGCAGAAAAUGAAGGCGCUGCUAAUGUUCCUGCAGAAGAUGUUGAUUCAUUGGAUAAAUUUCUUCCCCCACCACCCAAAGAGAUGUGUCCAGAGGAACUGCAAAGGAAAAUAGAUAAAUUUCUUGCUUUGAAGAAGGUUGGUAGAAGCUUCAAUGCAGAAGUCCGCAAUAGAAAGGAUUAUCGGAAUCCUGACUUCUUGCUGCAUGCAGUGAGGUAUCAAGAUAUUGAUCAGAUUGGGUCUUGCUUCAGUAAAGAUGUAUUUGACCCUCAUGGAUAUGACAAAAGCGACUUCUAUGACGAAAUAGAAGCUGAUAUGAGACGUGAAAAAGAGAGGAAGGAGCAAGAGCUGAAGAAGAGUCCUAAGGUUGAAUUUAUUUCAGGAGGAACUCAGCCUGGGCAGGUUGUGGCCCCACUGAAGUUUCCCCUGCCUAUUCCAGCUGCUGCUUCCAGUGGGUUGCAUUCCACAUCAACCACAACUGAUGCUAUUGCUCGGGAUGGUAGACAAAACAAGAAGUCAAAGUGGGAUAAGGUGGAUGGUGAUGGAAGAAAUCUUCUACCAACUGGUGGACAGGAUUCUUUAUCCACUGUUACAGCCCAUGCAACUCUUUUGUCUGCUGCUAAUGUUGGUGCCGGAUACACAGCUUUCGUGCAGCAGAAACGGCGAGAGGCAGAAGAAAAAAGAUCUAGUGAAAAGAAGUUGGAGAGAAGAUCUUGAGCUUGGUCAUUGUAAUUCUUGGCAGAAAAAACUUGGCACCUAUUCAAGGAAAGGCAACCUUGCUUCACACACAUAUAUAUUUUUUUUCAUUUAACUAAUUUCCAUGAAUGAAAUUCAUAGUCAACUGUCUCGCAACUAAGUUCGUAAUAUCAACCUAAGGUUCAAUGUAAUAUAGCAAACAGCUUGAGUUCAAUGUCGUCUUGUACACACUGCGAUCAGUUUCAGAUUGACAUAAUGUUUGCAGUGGUUAUACUGGAUCAAUUCAUGCAGCACAAUUGCCAAUCUCAGCACAACUUUUUACCCAA